AUGGCUUCCAAUUCGCAUGCCCAAGGGGACCCGUCAACUCCGCAAUCAAUCCCUCUUCGCGAUCUGACGCGGCCGGCAGAACCUGAAGACGUCACUGGACAAUCCUCGCAUCGAAGAACUGGAAGUGCAAGGAUAAGGAGCCUUCUGAGGAGCAGAGACUCACACGGUCACCGGCCAUUCAGCAGAGGGUACGCCAGAGUUGAAGGGUCUCCAAGUCCGCCGAUAAGGACACGACACCCAUCUCCGCCGCGACUUGUAGUUCCAUCGAAUACCGACGCAACACCGUACGAUGAUGACAUUGACGGUACAGAUGAGGCAUCGCUGGAGGAUCGGAUGGGAUUUCAAGCAGCGACAGCGGGCUUAAGCUUCCAGGCUCCCUCGUCGACGCUGCGACUUCCCUCUUUCGAUAGUGUGCGUGGUGGAGACAGCCUGGACGUGACACAUGCCCUCGACUACGAGGGCAUAUCGCCGCUUUCGCCCGCGCCGCAUAGCCCCCAUUAUGACAAUAACGCAGACUACUUUACUUCGACUGAUGCAGAUACGACACCCUUAACGAACAAUACACAUUUACAACCUAUCAGCGGCGCAGGGCCGUCCACCCCUCGACGACAGUCGCGGGACCGGACAAGCUUCCAGACUAUCCACUUCACAACUCCAGAUUCCCACUCUCCUGGUUCGAGAUUGGGUGAUGAUCUUCCCAAUGUCGAGGCCGGCUUGGGCAGUGGGUCGAAUGGAAGCAGGGUUGGAAGAUCCGGCUCCAGCGCUCGGUCACGGUCCUUGUCUCCAGCAUCUGCCGGAUCACCAUUACACCGAGCUGGUUCCAUUGUUCGCAAGAUGUCGCAGCGAGUCGUCAACCUCAGUAAUGAGCCGGAGAUAGUCGAACAAAGCAUUGCAAAGAAAUCCGUUGACGAGUCGUCGCGCCUUGACGGCCCUCCUUCUUUGCCGGCUAUGACUGAUUACGCGCAUGAUGAGCCAGUGCCGCCUCUUUCGCCCAUUGAAAAGGCUCCACCGUUAGCUUUUAUCGGUAGAGCGCGGCAUGAGUAUGAGCAGCAAGCAAAUCCGCUCAAAGGCAAGUCGCUGGGGAUAUUUUCCCCUGACAAUAAGCUGAGGAUGAAGCUUUGCGACGUCUUGGUUCAUCCUUUUACGGAGCCUUUCAUUCUCAUAUUAAUCAUUUUCCAAACGAUUCUUCUAGUUGUGGAUUCUGCGCCGAGUGUUUGGCAUGAUCCUAGAUCCAUGCGCUGGGGUUCUUCCUGGAUAGAUUAUGCUUUACUUGCGCUUUUCGUCAUUUACACGCUGGAAAUCAUGGCCAGGAUGAUCGUAUCUGGGUUCAUUUUGAACCCUGUCGAAUACAGCACACUCAAUCGCCAGCUCGGUUUCAAGAAUGCGGUAAUAGAAAAGGGUCGGGACCUGAUAGCACCGCACCGACAGCCGUCGAAGACGAAACAGCAGGCCCCACUUGACCCUCAGCCUUCACUGCUCCGGAGUUUCACUGGCAAUCAGGCACAGAUUCAAAACCCAAACCAUAGCAGACAGCAGCAGCGCGUGAGACUUGCGCACCGUGCAUUUCUUCGUCAUUCUUUCAACAGGCUUGACUUCGUUGCUGUGGUCUCUUUCUGGAUCUCUUUCUGCCUUGGCGUAGCUGGGAUUGAAUGGACCAGACAGAUGUACGUAUUUCGGAUGAUGAGCUGCCUUCGCAUCCUAAGAUUACUCGGUAUUACAAGCGGCACGUCGGUGAUUUUACGAAGUCUGAAAAAGGCUGCACCAUUGCUGGUCAAUGUGGCCUUUUUGAUUGGCUUUUUCUGGCUUCUUUUUGCAAUCGUAGGGGUUCAAAGUUUCAAGUCGAGUCUCCGUCGAGGGUGUGUCUGGGUGGAUCCUGAAGGCAUCCAGGCCAACUACUCGCUCAAUGACUCAGGCGAUUACCAAUUUUGUGGCGGCUACCUCGACAAUACAACGGGCCUGGCGCUUCCCUGGAUUUUUCCCGACGGCACACCGGGAACAGGAAAGCACAAAGGCUAUCUGUGCCCACAAAACUCCUACUGCGUUCAACAAGACAAUCCAUAUAGUGGCACAGUCAGCUUCGAUAAUAUCCUCCAAUCUCUAGAAAUGAUUUUUGUCAUAAUGACUUCGAAUACCUUUACCGAUAUAAUGUAUUAUACAACCGACAGUGACUUCCUUGCCGCUGCUAUAUUCUUUGCUGCUGGCAUCAUCAUUCUCAGCCUUUGGCUUAUGAAUUUGCUUGUUGCAGUAAUCACGUCCUCAUUUCAAGUCAUUCGGGAGGAGAGUAAGAGGAGUGCCUUUACGGCCGAGAAAACUAUAAACAGCCAGUCGACACUUGAAUCAGAGCCAACGCGACGAAUAGGGACUUUAAAGCGGCUCUAUGAAAAGUCGUCUGCUUUUUGGGUUCUUGUUAUUGCGUUUGACAUGGUCUGCAUGUGCUUUCGAAGCGCAGAUAUGUCAGAUACACGGGAGCUAUUCAUUGAUGCUUGUGAGACUAUAAUAACUCUCAUGCUUUUGGUCGAAAUCUUCUUCAGAUUUGCAGCAGACUGGCGCAACUUUUUCAAAAGCAAACGGAAUAUGGUGGACUUGGGACUUGCAGUCGUUACCACUAUCAUUCAGAUUCCCGUCAUUCAUAAUUCGGGCAGGCCAUACGCAUGGCUCACAAUAUUCCAGAUAUUGCGCAUCUAUCGGGUUGUAUUGGCAGUUGGAAUAACGAGAAGACUCAUUCUUGUUGUCUUCCGAAAUGUCAAGGGUCUAAUCAACUUAAUUAUUUUCGUGUUCCUCAUUACAUUUCUCGCCGCAAUCUUUGCCGUCCAGCUUUUCCGAGGUGAGAUUCCUGCUGAGGACGAUGGUGGUGACACGAUACGCAUAACUUUCAGUAAUAUCUACAAUGCGUUUAUUGGAAUGUAUCAAAUACUUUCCAGUGAAAACUGGACUGAAAUUCUCUAUGAUGUCACUGCGUACGAUGUUCAUUUUAACACCGCCUGGAUUGGGGCUGCGUUCCUUAUCAUGUGGUACAUUCUUGCAAAUUUCAUUGUUUUGAACAUGUUCAUUGCUGUCAUUCAAGAAAAUUUUGAUGUCAGUGAGGACGAGAAGCGAAUGCAGCAAGUCAAGACAUUUCUGCAGCGCAAGGAUUUGCAUGGAUCAAAUCAUGGUAAUCUGUCUUUAUCCACCAUCUUCCGUUUUGGACGGUCGGGCGGACGCCGCCGGCCGAUGGAAUUCGGAAAAGCUACAAUGGAAAUGCUCCUAAAGGAUGCCGUCGUCAGAGACUUUCUAGACGAUACUAUCGAGCUAGGCGACGACGGGGCCGUUGAUGAGCCUCCUAACAGCAUGGAGUCUGCUCAGCCAGAGGAGAAGCGUGGUUGCUUUGGAAGAGUUAAACAAUUUUUUCAAUCUCUUCGAAACCGAGAAAUCAAUCCAUUCUACUCACGUUUACAGUUCUCCAAGGCCUAUGAUGAGCUCGACCCCCGAACUAUGGCAAAGGAGGUCGUUUCGGCUACGGAACGGCAGAAGCGCGCGCAGAGAGAGUACCUGGUGCGUCAUCCGACAUACAAUGUUUCGCUGUUCAUUUUCAAGCCAUCAAAUCCUGUUCGUAGGUUCUGUCAGCGCAUUGUGGGUCCGGCCCGAGGUGAUCAUCGUGUCGAGGGUGUCGAACCAAUCAAGCCAGUGUGGUAUGCAUUCUCUGCUUUCAUUUACGCCGCAAUUGUUGCCAUGGUUCUGCUCGCCUGCGUCACAACGCCACUCUAUCAACGAGAAUACUUUUUGUACAACCAAUAUAGCGUCAAGAAUUGGUUUGUGUUCACAGAUAUGGGUUUCGCUGCACUGUUUACUCUUGAAGCUUUAAUCAAGGUCAUCGCCGAUGGCUUCUUCUGGACACCAAAUGCAUAUUUCAGAGGCUCAUGGGGUUUCAUCGAUGGUGUCGUGCUGGUGACCCUGUGGAUUAACGUUGCUACGUCCCUUUACAGCGAGGGCUCAGUAUCAAGAGCAGUAGGAGCUUUCAAAGCAUUAAGAGCUUUGAGAUUGUUGAACGUUAGUGAUAGCGCUCGCGAUCUGUUCCAUGCCGUCAUCAUCCGAGGUGGAACAAAGGUCAUUUCGGCGAUGUUUGUGUCUCUGAGUUUGUUGAUUCCAUUUGCCAUCUACGGCUUGAAUCUCUUCAAUGGCCAAAUGUUUCAAUGCAAUGAUGGUAAUUCAGACUUAGUCAACCUGACAGACUGCGUCAACGAAUUCAUGAGUUCGCCUUACGCGUGGGACGUUUUGGCGCCUCGUCAAGUUUCCAAUCCAUAUUACAGCUUUGACAACUUCGGUGAAGCACUCUUCAUUCUCUUCCAGAUUGUCUCGCAGGAAGGAUGGGUGGACGUAAUGUGGAGCGCAACGGACAUGGCCGGGAUAAACAAGCAGCCUCAACCAUUUGCUUCGCAAGGAAACGCAAUCUUCUUUGUAAUAUUCAAUUUGCUUGGAGCAGUCUUCGUUCUGACCCUCUUCGUGUCUGUCUUUAUGCGGAAUUACACAGAAGAGACAGGCGUCGCCUUUUUGACCGCGGAUCAACGAGCUUGGCUUGAGCUGCGCAAGCGACUCCGACAAAUUUCGCCGUCGAAACGUCCAACAAAUAUGCCGGAACAGUCAUGGCGGCAUUGGUGUUACCGUCACGCAGUGAAAAAGCACGGCCGCUGGCAGAAGUUUAUUACCGGUGUCUUGAUACUACAUUUGCUUCUCCUGAUAAUUGAGUUUUACCCUGGUGUGACAUGGUGGGAGACUGUCAGAGAUAUCAUAUUCCUGGUUUUUACCAUAUUCUAUCUUUUUAACAUUAUCAUUCGAGUCGUCGGACUUUCCUGGUCACGCUUUCGGAAGAGCGCUUGGGAUCUGUAUUCAAUCUUUGCAGUAUUCGGAACCUUUGUGACAACUGGUCUGCUGCUAGCGAGUUUCCAGGAGACCACUUACGUUCAGCUUCACAAGUUGUUCCUUGUGUCCAUUGCGCUUCUUCUGAUUCCGCGAAACAAUUCGCUAGACCAGCUCUUCAAAACUGCUGCAGCAAGUCUAGGCGCGAUCGGUAAUCUCUUGGCCACUUGGUUUGUUCUUUUCCUGGCAUUUGCUAUCGCUCUUACACAGACCUUUGGCCUCACACGGUUUGGUGAGAACGAAAACGGAAACAUCAAUUUUCGUACCGUUCCCAAAGCACUGAUCUUGUUGUUCCGCACAAGUUGCGGUGAAGGGUGGAACCAGAUCAUGGAAGACUACGCAACCAUGACUGAACCUACUUGUGUUCCAGAUCAUGAUUUCUUUGAAAGUGAUUGCGGUAGCCCGGCAUGGGCUCGAGUUCUCUUCAUUACUUGGAACAUUCUCAGCAUGUACAUUUUCGUCAGCUUGUUCGUGUCUCUCAUUUACGAAAGCUUCAGUUAUGUCUACCAGCGAAGCAGUGGACUUUCAAAAAUAACUCGCGGAGAAGUCCGAAGAUUCAAGCAAGCCUGGGCAAUGUUUGACCCUAAGGGUACGGGCUUCAUCUCAAAAGAAGCCUUUCCCCGACUUUUAGGCGAACUCUCCGGUGUUUUCGAAAUGCGUAUCUACGACGGUGACUUUACUGUCAGGCGAUUGCUCGAAGAUUGUAAAGUGCCUCGUGGAAACAAAGAAUUCGUGGAUUUAACCGACGGCCUCGACCUCAAAAUGUUGGCACGCAAGCUCUCCAAGCUUCCCGUGGAUGAAAUUCGUCGGAGGCGACUGCAAAUGAAUACAUUUUAUGAGGAAAUGCUUGUAUCCGCAGAUCCCGAUCGAGGACUAUCGUUUACUCAAGUGUUGAUGACCAUUACUCAUUACAAGGUCAUUAAUGACAACAAGAGCUUAAGACUGGAGGAGUUUCUCCGCCGCCGUGCCCGGCUACAACGAGUGGACGAGGCCGUCCGUCGACAUAUCGUUAUUGGAUUCUUCGAUACCAUCUACUGGUCUCGCCGAUUCCGCCACGCCAUUGCGUCUCGUCGUUACAGUCGCCUUACGACAGUACCGCAACUCAACGUGCCAGAAAUUUUUGUCGACGCCGAAGACGACACAAACGCGCAACGCGAGCAAGCAGAGUAUCAAUUGUCACAAGGCCAGAGUGAGAGCGCAAUGUCUUCGCCUAUUGUGUCACCUUCAAACGUCGACUGGUCUCGGCCAUUUACCAGCAGCUCGGACGCUGCACAAGCCGCUUCUCAGCCUGGCGCAUCCAUCCGCGCCCGAGCAAAUUCCAGUCCUGCAACAGGCGCUAACGGGAGCGGCAGCGCCGGCGGAGGCAGCGUAUAUCCGUUUUCUUCACAGGCAUCAGGGACGGGUUACUUUGAUGGCACAUCGUCCCCGACAUCUCUCCAUGGCGGCCAUUUUAUUGGUCGAGACGGAUCCCUUGACGGCCCACGCAGUCGGGGUGUUGGUCUCAACCUCAGUCUCGACACCAACGUUGGCAGUAACUUCGGCGGAGGAAACUGGAGUCGCCCUUCCAACGACCCCCAUAGUCCACGAAGCCCCAUCCCUUCAGACCGUGCUCUUUCCAUUGUUCCUACGCCUAAUGACAGUCGUCGAGGCAGUAAUGUUACCGAUGUCAGUGCACAGGAAGUACUCGAUGUUCUGGACAAUUCGAUCUGGGGUGAGAGUAUUCGGCGGAGUUUUUCAGUGAGGCGGCCGGGUGAUCCACCAGUGCCGGAGUAG